AUGCCUGACGCACCGAAACGUUCUCUUGCUACUCUUCAAAUAUCAACAUUUGGGAAGCCAUCUACCUGGAUGUCAGAUUCUAUGGCUCCGAUAUAUUAUCUAUCUCAUGAUACUCGCAAGAUCUCAAUUUCUACGCCGGCAUUUGGAACACCAGCGCUAUCUGAUACACCCGAGUCCUCAUUUGGCAAGCCAGGACUCAGGUCAGUUUUGACUCCAGGCUUUGGGACACCAGCGCUACUUGAUACUAGUACACCUGAGAUCGCUCUUGCUGAGUUAGUUGGUCACUUCGACCGUGUUCCACUGCCUGCUACAUCUGAAAUAUCUCCUGGCUUAGGUGACACCAAAGUCCAAGAUGAUGCUAGCACCUCGGACUCGCGUAAGUGA